AUGGUACUUAACGAGUUCAAAACUAAAACUAUAUUAGUAGCUGGCAAACGUCUACAUAAGAAGAUGAGCAGCUCACUGUCCAUGUAAACUCGGUCGAACUCGAACAAGUACAGUCUCAUAAACUGUUAGGUGUAAUUAUUGACACUCAGCUUAAUUUUAAUGAGCAUAUUGAUAAUCUAUGUAAGAAGCUAACACAGCGUAUUGCUGUUUUGAAAAAAUAUCAGGCGUCAUUUACCUUUAAAUCAACGAAUUCUUUAUUACAAUGCCAUGAUAAAACAAACCAUGAUGUAUGGCUCUAGUGUGUGGGUUCUACAUCCGUUGAUAAUUUAA